AUGGAGGGAUGUAACCUAUACCGCGUCGACCAGAUUUCAGAAGAGGACCUGCAAAACCUUUCACACGACCCGUCGCAGCGAAAGCGUCAGAAUCUUCUAGUGCCGCCGGCAGCGAAUCCCACUCAAGUCUACCAACACUGCACCAAGAAGCGAUGCGCUGACGUGUUGAUAUUCCUGCUGCACUCGUAUAUGGAGAAAGACGACCGCGUAAGCCGCAUACGGGCGUGCAUGCCUGCCGACUGGCAGAGGGGCUACGACACGGAAAAUUUUCGCCCCGUCACCCGCGAGGAGGCUGGCGCCCCCUUUAAGAUCGCCGCAGACACCAUCUACCCACACCAGAGCGCACUCGCUAUGGCAGGUAUCUGCCGCCGCGCGACACUACCCAUGGACGAAGAUGACGAUGGCGACGGCAAGUUGGUUAGUGAUGAUGAGGAUAUAGACGGUGAUGACCUUGCGCGAGAGUUGGAAGAACAAUUGAACCGUGAACUGGAACAAGAAAAAGCACCUCAGUUGGAUACCAAUGACCCUCAACCCUGA